GUCACCACGUUCGGUCAAAGCCAAAAAAGAAAACAAAAAUCCCAAUUCCCCUUCCAAGGCGGGGUCUUCCCCCCGUCGGCCCGAUUCAUUUCCCCCCAAUCGGUUGUUGAUGCCGAGAUUCUUGCGCACGCCACCUAAACUUAGACCCCUCUCCGAUCGAAUCCCUUUUCUUAUUCCAAUAAAAGGUAAACACACACAACACAGAGCAACGCAUCAUCAUCACCAUCUUCAUCACCAUCAUCACCAGCAUCGCGCCUAUUCAUAGUCCAAUCACUCCAUUGAAUUGUGAUCGAGCUUCCUUCCUUCAUCAAGAUUUAGCACCCGAUCGGAAUCUUGAAACCUGUGGCGCCCGACUCCUACUUCGCAGGUGUUUCUCGCCGCCGGAAAUCAAGAAUCAAGAAUCCCGGCCGACCCUGUACGAAUCGGCACCGUCUCUCGAUCUCGCUCGUUCUUCCUCCAACAAUCUGGAGGCGAACCGUAAACUCCUCGCGCACCCGCUUCUUAUGGCGUCACGCCUAGCCCGGCGCCUCCCUUCGAACCCCCUCCGCUUCCCUCGCAGAUCUCUGAACUCGACCCCUUCUUCCUCCGCUGACGCCGUCUCUCCCCUGAAUUUCGUCGAGAAACACAUGCCCGCCAUCGAGAAAUUAACCCCUGCCGACGCUCCCACCGCCACCGCCGCCACGACGAUCGACCUGGACAACACCAAGCGGCUCUUCGCCAGGGUGCCGACCGCGAAGCUGCUGCGGUCGUCGGCCGUCCUGCACGCGGCCGCGGUCGAGCCCGUGGUCAACGCGGGCACAUGGGUGAUGCAGUCGAGGCUCAUGGACGUGGGGCCCGUGCGCGGCGCCGUGCUGGGGGCGGUGAGGUGCACCUUCUUCGAGCACUUCUGCGCCGGGGAGGGCGCUGAGGAGGCGGUGGGGACGGUGGGGAAGCUGAACCGCACGGGGCUGCGGGGUAUGCUGGACUACGCGCUGGAGGACGCGGAGGACAACCAGGCGUGCGAUCGGAACAUGGCGGAGUUCCUCCGGACGGUCGAGUCCGCAAGAUCGCUCCCGCCAUCUUCUGUGAGUUUCAUCAUCGCGAAGAUCACGGCGAUCUGCCCCAUCGAUCUGCUCAAGCGCAUGAGCGACCUGCUCCGCUGGCAACGCAAGGACCCGUCGUUCCGACUCCCUUGGAAGUGCAAUUCCUUCCCGAUGUUUUCCGUCUCGAGCCCGCUCUACCACACGCCUUGCCGACCCGAGCACUUGAACCCUCAGGAGGAGCGCGAUCUCCUACUAGCCCACCAGAGACUGCAGACGCUCUGCCAGAAAUGCCGAGAGGCCAACAUCCCUCUGUGCAUCGAUGCAGAGUACACGGCCGUCCAGCCUGCCAUCGACUACUUCACGAACUCCACGAUAGUCGAGCACAACAAGCACGAGCCGUUCGUGUACGGGACGAUGCAAGCCUAUCUGAAGGACGCAAGGGAGAGAUUAUUCUUGGCGACUGAGGAGGCUGAGAAAAUGGGAGUCGUGAUGGGCGUCAAGUUGGUGAGAGGGGCUUACAUGUCUAGUGAAAGGAAGCUGGCACAUUCCCUGGGUCAGGAGUCGCCAAUUCACAAUACCAUCCAAGAGACUCACGAUUGCUACAAUGAAUGCGCAUCAUUCAUGCUCGAGAAGAUCGCCAGCAGGUCUGGCGCGGUCGUUUUCGCCACCCACAAUGUCGAAUCAGGAAAAUUGGCAGCGGCGAAAGCAAGAGAUUUGGGGGUAGGAAACGGAAACCGGAAGCUCGAGUUUGCGCAGCUAUACGGGAUGGCGGACUCGUUUUCGUUUGGCCUGAGGAAUGCUGGGUUCCAAGUGAGUAAGUACAUGCCGUUCGGCUCUGUGGAUAUGGUGAUCCCAUAUCUCCUAAGGCGGGCUGAAGAGAACCGAGGGAUGUUAUCGGCCUCAACCCUCGACCGGCAACUCACGAGAAAAGAGUUGUGGAGGAGACUGAAAGCUGCAAUUCUUUAAGGACAAGAGAAUGACUUUGAGCACAUCAGGAUUUGGAGAAUUGUACCAGAAGAUUAGAGGGGGAGAAGACUAAAAGGUGCUUGAGGUUGAAGAAUAUGUGAUAACUGAUUGCGUAAAAAGAAAACGAUAUCAAGGUGUAAAUAUGAUGUACUCUUGUGAAUAAUGAAAUAUAUCAUAAAGUUAAGGUUUCA